AUGGAGGCCUGCCACCUCUCCCACUUGUGCGAUUUCACGCCAUUCGGGCGCUCCAUCGUACUGCCCCCAAUAGAUGUGAACGAAUUCAACGAGAACUACGAGCUGACGCCGCUUAUCGGCGCACCGGAAGAUGGAGAGGAAAUUAUUGAGCACGAAAUCUACAUCGCUGGGCAUAAGGUGGUAUGGAGCUCUGGCGGCCGCCUCUUCAAAACCCUCAAUCUCCCAUCGUCCGUACGCCAGGCGAUUUGGUGCACAUUCGCCUCCGAGUCUGCUGGGGAUGACAACAGGCACUGCCUGUGCGUGCUCCACAUCGACGGCCUCACCAUCUACACCAAGGGCGGCUUCAUCUACCCCGUCGUGCUGCCCUGCAAAGUGCGCCACAUCUGGGCUCUCCCUGCCGGUCUGCUGCUCGAGCGCGACCAGAGUGAGUACGAACUCAGCGACAGCCAGACGCCCUCCCUCUUCAGCCUCCUCCAUCCUCUCGAAGACGUGUUCCCCGUCGCCAUCCGCUCGGAGCCAUCGCAAGACGGCACCGAUGCCCAGGGUGGCACUACAUCGAGCAUGCCCAUGCAUCUGCCCAAGCAUCAGGUGCUCUACUCCUCUUCCUCCUUUCCUCUGCUCGUCAUCUACGACUUCACGCGUUGCUGCCACACAUUCUGGACGAUCGAGGACCUGCGACCCAGUCCCGAGGAUGCCCUCCCGCCGGUGCCUACGCCAACCGAGCUCGCUGUGGCGCCGCCGCCCAGCGAAGAGGGCCUCCUGUUCCACCCGCGGCUGGCCAUCACUUGCUUCCACACGGCGACUGCCGGACACGAAGACGAGGAGCACUGCCCGCCGUCGUCGUCAAUCUUCGAGUGCACCGUGCUGAGCCAAGCGAAGAGUGAGGCCCCACAGGCCCACACCAUCCUUGAAGAGCGCUCGCUGUUGUGCCUGAUCCGCCGCGAUCUGCUAGGGCAGACCGUGGCCGUCGAUGCGCUCGCGCUCUCCUUCGACGGCGCGGACCGGAAGCCGUCGCUGGCCUUCGCCUUUUCCCACCCGGCGAUGGCCGCCGUGGGUGUGCGGUUGCCAUCGCAGUGGCGGGCGUCGGUAGUCGGAUCCUCCAUCGAUGGCCGCUGCUCCUCCUCCUCCUCCUCGGCGACGCAUCUUCUCGUGCUUCACCCGAACGACCGGUCCCUGCGUCUGUACGCAGGCGCGCACUUCCUCGCUACCUGUUCGUUGCGCGUACCGCCAGCUCCCGCUGACAAGGCGACGCUGUACGAUGACGAAGACAGCCUCCUGUUCUCCCCGGUGAAGCCCGUCGGGAACGAAGGCGCGACGCAAACGAUCGUGGACCUCAGAGACGCAGUGGGCAAUCGUGUCAACGCUCUCCUUUCGAGCGGACGCACGGUGCGAAUCAGCGUAGAUACCAACACCUCCUCGCCGCUCGUGCAAGAUUGCCUUGACUCCCUCCGGUGCGUCCUACCGCUGGAGCUCACCUAUGACAUUCUUUCCCGUCUCCUUCAAGCAGAACAACCCACCACCACCGACCAGCCGCACCACGAACCCGAAUGGCACUCCUUCGCGCAGAUGCUCCUCGCUCUGUUCAGUGUCGCAUAUCCCGUGACCAACAAGUCGGUCGCCAAGCCGCCACCGCAACAGCAGAAGCUGAAGCUGGCCACAGGGAGGAGACCAGGCCAAGAGGACGACGAGCACUGGCGUUUCCUGAUCAGCACUGAGUACCACCACUCACAUCACAACAACUACGUCUUCCACUCCUUCGCCGACCCCCCUCGACACGUCGGCCCAACGGACGCCACCGCACCAGCGCUGGAUUCCAAGGGCGAGACGGGACUCCGAGAGAAGUGGAAGGACCGCAACACGACCAGGCAGUGCUUUCUCGCACUUCACCUCGUCUACGAGAACUACAAGCUGAGCGCUCUGCGGCAUUCCGACCUACUCCUCCUCGCCGGUCUCAACUACCAGUUGGCCCUGCGUAUGGGGUGGACCAUGCACGUCGACUACUAUCUCCGCGACUUCCCUCACCUCUUCGCCAAGGACUUGGUGACUUCUGAGGAGGCGAGCGACGAGCCUGAGGUGAGCUCGAUCAACUCGUGGCUGCACGCGCGCCUGGGCUCACUGGCCAGUGCCAGCCCCGCCUUUCCGACGCUGCCCCACGGCGUGUGCGACAAUACGCGCAAGAUUUGUCGUCUGUACGACAUCCUGCUCGGUGGCGACGGCAAGGCGUUCGAAUCGGCGAAGGCCGCGCAGCAGCAGUCGCGCGCACCGACCCCCGGUCGGCGAAACGCGCCGGAAGAAGCGACUGUGUUCGCCAUUGUGGAGGAGGGCCUCACCCAGAAGGACAUCGAGGUCCUGCCUUUUGGCGUUGCGCUCCCGCUGCAGGAAGCGAUCGCCAAGUGCCGAGUCAACCCGCCGAGCGACUGGCCCGUGUCAGCCUACACGCUGAUCGGCCGUGAUGACAUCGCCGUGCAGUUCAGCGCCAACACCGACGUGAGCCACUAUCUGCACCGGAACCCGGCCGCCAAGGAAGAGUCCGACGAGCAGAAGGCUGUCAAGCACCAAAGCGACGACGACGACGAAGUGCUGGCCAACGAGGUGGCCUGCCUUCGGUUCGGCCGGGACCAACGGCUCAGAGCCGUGCUCGACAUGCUCCUCUCCUCCAAGCCCAUCGUCAUCGCGCCCGUGGAGCAGACCGGUGUGACCGAUCACGAAGCGCAGGCCGAACAGCAGGCAAAGCUGGGGCGGCUGGCCCAACGCACCGCUGCCCUGUCCGUGGGCCGGGGCAUGUUCACGCUGAACAGCAAGUGGCCGCUUCUCACCGAGCCCAUCAGUAUUCCGCCCCUUGUCAUGGACGGCAAGGAGAGGGGAAGCCCCGGUACGAUCGCGCUCGACCGUGCCACGCUCGCGCCCGACCUCUUCGAGUGGGCGCAGUUCCACAACGGCGUGGCCACCGGCCUCCGGCUGAUUGCCGCCGAGUCCCAGGAAUCGGGAAGCGGAGGCGAGGCCAUCACCAGCACCUGGAUCGCAUACAACCGACCAAACGAGCUCAGCAACGAGCACGCCGGCUUCUUGAUGGCGCUGGGCCUACAGGGUCACUUGUCUGGGCUUGGCAUGACCAAGGUGUUCGAGUACCUGUCCAAAAGCCACGAGAUGACUUCGAUGGGGCUGCUGCUGGGCAUGGCGGCCACCCGGAGAGGCACCAUGGACGCGGGCGUGGCCAAACUGCUGUCCAUUCACUUGCCGGCUCUGCUACCGCCCUCGUCGACGGACUUGGAUGUGGGGCCAUGGGUCCAGAUCGCCUCGCUCAUCGGCGUGGGUCUGCUCUACCAAGGCACCGCCGAUCGGCACAUGGUCGAAGUUCUUCUCAAGGAGAUCGGCAAGCCGCCUGGAGAUGACCGCCGAAUGGACAGGGAGGCGUACUCGCUCACAGCCGGCCUAGCGCUCGGACUUGUCGCUCUUGCCCGUGGAUCGUCCGCGCCUGGACUUGCCGACCUGCACAUCGAAGACCGAUUGCAUAGGUACAUCUACGGAGGUCGAGAAGAACAGCACGGAGCCUACAUCGGUUACGGCGGGGCGGAGAUGCGCGCCAGCAAGGUCAAGUCGAGUCUGGUCCUGGAACCCGGACCCGGAAACGUGGAUAUCACCUCCCCGGGCGCCACGCUGGCCCUCGGGCUCAUGUGGCUCAAGACCAACAGCGCGGAGGAGGCCGCGCGGAUACAGAUCCCCGACACCCGGUUCCUGCUCAUGUCCGUCCGUCCGGACCUGCUGCUCGUCCGCGUGCUGAGCAAGAACCUCAUUCUGUGGGACGCGAUCGAGCCCAGCGAGGAGUGGCUCAUGUGCCAGCUGCCCGCCAUUCUGCACCACCUUCCAAGGUCGCGAGGCGGUGAGGCGGAUGCCAUGCGACAGGCCCAGGCGUGCAUGGUGGCCGGCGCGUGCAUGGUGCUCGGGCUGCGAUUCGCCGGUACUGCGAACCAGAAGGCCCGCACCGUGCUGACGAACCGGCUGCUGUACUUCAUCAAGCGGGCAAAGACCCUCGUGGGACCGGAGAAGCAAGAUCGCCAGAUUAUCGGUGUGUGCAUCAACGUGGCCUCGCUGGCGCUGGCCGUUGUGAUGGCGGGCACCGGAGACCUGGACACCCUGCGGAUACUCAGGCGUUUGCACAGGCGAAUUUCGCCCCAGAUUUCCUACGGCGACCAUAUGGCUACGCACAUGGCGAUCGGUUUCCUCUUCCUCGGCGCCGGCCGCUACACCUUGUCCACGUCGAACGAGGCCAUCGGCGCCCUCGUACCGCACCACCUCCUCGCCCCGGCUUCAUCAUCAUCAUUCGGAAACGAUCCACUCCUGCUGUCGAUCUACCUCCAGAACGUGCGCCUCAUCGCCACGUACUACAACGCGACGGCGCGCAAGAAGGCUGCGCCGAACGCCGACGAGGCGCCGCUGAUCCAGCCGACGCUCUUCAACUCCUUCCUCCAUCGCCUUCACUCUCACUUCAUCCGACGCUUCGAGCUCAUCCCGGACGACGUCAAGCGCGCCUACUUUGGCCCACUGCCUCCAGCAUCGUCGUCUUCCUCUGCCCACGACGAGCAUCGACGCGCGCUCGCGCUAAUGCUGGCCUACUACGAUCUACCCCAUCCGCAGCGCCUGCGACAGCCAGGACAACAGCGCCCACCGCGACCAGCCACGUUCGUGCAGCUGGCCCUUCGCUAUCCGCACGUCUCGCCUUCUCUCCUUUCCGCUAUUCAUCGUCUCCUUGUGGCGUAA